CGGUGCCCUUCUCGUUGCCGAAGCCGAAGCCGCCAGCGCGUUGUUUAUCUGCCUCGCCAUUCGCGCUCCUUUCUGCUGACACAUAAAUCUACUUUUUGAACACAUCUCCGGACACAUUCGCUUUAAGCAGAGUAACAAUGAAUAAACCAGUUCGAGUGUGGUCUCAAGACAGGAAGAGGAGAUAUGGAGUGGUAGCAAGCAGUUUUAAUGAAGCAGUACAGAAGGGUGCAGCAAAGCUUGGAUUGCCAGACCCAACUACUGUCACAUUGGUGCUGGAAGAAGAUGGAACUGCUGUGGACGAAGACUACUGGGAAACUAUUCCUCCUGAUACAAAGCUUAUUCUUUUGUCUGGUGAUGAAGUUUGGAAGCCUUCACCUCUAUCAGUACCAAGUAACCUUUUACUAGUUUCUGAUGAGCCUGAUUCUGCCAUAGAUGAUGCCCAAAAAGCCUGUAAUCUCCUAAAUGCUAUUCAAGAUAAUCCAGCUUCAGUGGCUCUCUUGAGCUUGUCUGACCUAGAAAUUAUCAAAGAUGCAGAUUUAAGUUCAUCAGACUCAUCCAUGAAAUUACAAGAAUUAUGUAUUGAGUUUUAUGUUAAGAAGAAGAAAGAAGCUGAAGCAAUGGAAUUUGUUGACUUGCUAAAAGAACACCUAAAAGGAAAUGAGUAGUAAUUGUAGUAAACAGUGUUAUGUGAGUGAAACAAC